UUUUCAUAGGACCGGAAUUGACCUGUAGAGCUAGUUUGGUACCUACGACUGCAGUAUAUAUCUGCAUACUUGUUUUUAUUUCGUGGAUCUGCUUAUCCCUCUGAGACUCUGGAACUCCUGCAGUGUUCUCUUCAUCCAGUUACCAAAUGUGAUGGAGUUUUCACACCCUUCCAUAGAGGAAUGUCCCAGAUGCCCGGGCAGGGUAGGCAUGGCUGCCAGCCUCACAGGAUUGCUCCUGCUUCAGGCGGCGACAUGGGUAUCAGGCGCCCGCCCCUGCAUCCCUAAAAGCUUUGGCUACAGCUCGGUGGUCUGUGUCUGCAAUGCCACGUACUGCGACUCUCUUGACCCUCUGACCUUCCCUGCCUUGGGGACCUUCAGCCGCUAUGAGAGCACGCGCAGUGGACGUCGGAUGGAGCUGAGCGUGGGUGACUUCAGGGCCAACCAUACGGGCACAGGGGUGCUGUUGACCCUGCAGCCAGAAGAAAAGUUCCAGAAAGUGAAAGGAUUUGGAGGGGCCAUGACAGACGCGGCUGCUCUCAAUAUCCUUGCCUUGUCACCCUCUGCCCAGAAGUUGCUACUUGAGUCGUACUUCUCCAAAGAAGGGAUCGAAUAUAACAUUAUCCGGGUACCCAUGGCCAGCUGUGACUUCUCCAUCCGCAUCUACACGUACGAUGACACCCCCGGUGACUUCCAGUUGCACAAUUUCAGCCUCACAGAGGAAGAUACCAAGCUCAAGAUACCCCUGAUUCACCAGGCCCUGCGAAUGUCCCAGCGCCCUAUCUCACUCUUCGCCAGCCCCUGGACAUCACCCACUUGGCUCAAGACCAAUGGGGCAGUGAAUGGGAAGGGGACGCUCAAGGGGCAUCCUGGGGACAUCUACCACCAGACCUGGGCCAAGUACUUUGUCAAGUUCCUGGAUGCCUAUGCUGAGCACAAGUUAAAGUUCUGGGCAGUGACAGUUGAGAAUGAGCCUUCUGCGGGGCUGAUGAGUGGGUACCCCUUCCAGUGCCUGGGCUUCACCCCCGAACACCAGCGAGACUUCAUUGCCCGCGACCUGGGUCCAAUGCUUGCCAACAGCACUCAUCACGAUAUCCAGCUGAUCAUGCUAGACGACAACCGUCUGCUGCUGCCUCGCUGGGCACAGGUGGUGCUCGCAGACCAAGAAGCGGCCAAGUAUGUCCACGGGAUUGCCGUGCACUGGUACUUGGACUUCCUGGCUCCGGCAAAAUCUACUCUGGGGGCAACGCACCGCCUGUUCCCCAACACCAUGCUCUUCGCCUCAGAGGCCUGUGUGGGCUCCAAGUUCUGGGAGCAGAGUGUGCGGCUGGGCUCCUGGGAUCGCGGGGUGCGGUACAGCAGCAGCAUCAUCACGAACCUCCUCUACCAUGUAGUUGGCUGGACAGACUGGAACCUCGCCCUGAACCCCGAGGGGGGCCCUAACUGGGUCCGCAACUUCGUCGACAGCCCCAUCAUUGUAGAUAUUGCCAAGGACACCUUUUACAAACAGCCCAUGUUCUACCACCUUGGCCACUUCAGCAAGUUCAUCCCUGAGGGCUCUCAGCGCGUGGGGCUGGUGGCCAGUGAGGACAGCGACUUGGAGGCUGUGGCACUGCUGCACCCUGACGGCUCUGCAGUUGUGGUUGUGCUGAACCGCUCCUCUAGGGACACGGCUCUCACCAUCAAGGACCCUGCUCUGGGCUUCCUGGAGACCAUCUGCCCCGGCUACUCCAUUCACACCUACCUGUGGCGCCGCCAGUGACAGAGCAGUUGCCCAAGCAGGCACCUGGGCCCAGCAUGGGCCCUGGAGAGACAGUCAGCGCACACACUGAGUAAAGGAAGACGCUAAGGGCCAGAUCGCAGUGACACAAGCCUGGGGCAGCAGUCGGGUGACACACUCUCCUCUUUAGUAGGUGCCAGGGGAUGGAAACCCUGGUGUGUGGGAGCCCCAUGCUGUGUGGGACCUGGCCCAGGCCCAGGGUGAGCUCACUGUCUUUGCAAACUCAAGACUGGGAUGGGGGAGAAAAGAAGGCAUUAAGAAAGCUGGACAGAGGGCCGGGGAUGUCGCUCAGUGGUGCCAAGCCUGCCCGGCAAGCACAAGGUCCUAAGUUUGAUCCCGGUACCAGGAGAAAAAAAAAAAAAAAAAGCUGGACCCCAAAUGGGGACUGUUUGUCAUUGUUGGAGAUGCAGAACUGGUCCUGUGCAGGAGCAACGCCAGCAUCAGGGCAGAGGCAGCCACAGCAGCAGAGGC